AUGAUAUAUGAUAACUUGAAAUCGUUUCAGAUAUGAAACGAGGGCUGGUAAGAACUACCAUUUCUCAUGGUGAGUGAAUACUAAUACGUACAGCUGGGAUCAAGCCAACUCUUACUGCUAGUCUUUUGGCAGAGGCUUCCAGCUAGACUCAAAGAUAAGGAUGACUUCAGUGUUACAGCCAGAGGCAUAUGGCCACUGCCUUUUGAACGAAAGGCGGUGGAGUUUCUGAUGGGGAAGGAAGAGACAUUUGCGCAUCGCGUUCCGCAAGGCGCGGUACGGCCAGCCUGGGUGGCAUAAAAAGCGCGAGAAGUCAGGUCUCGCUCACCAUCUGGUCACCAUUUGGUCCGGGAGACAUCUCCCGUCACGCAGGGUGCAGUCGCGCCUCCACAGAUCUCCAGUAUCAGCUCUUUAUACUGGUAAUGGCUCAAAAGGGCCACCACUUACGGGCUAUUCAUGCCCGUGCCACCUCUUGGGUGGCUUAAUCUUCAUCAAUCAAUCAUCAGGUCUCGCUCUCACUCCCUCUCCCGACCCGGUCCACGAUCCAUGAAGCGGCUCCACGCUCAGCACCACGCCUCAUCGACACGUGGGCCAGUAUCCUUACCGCUUCUCAGUUCUGCUUUGCUGUGUUCACGAGAUUUCUCAAGCAAAUGGACUCCAUCCCCGCUACUAUGGUCCCAGAUCUGAUGUUCUCUGAUCCUUUGGGGCUUUCCACAUCCCAGGCCGGUACCGCAGGGGCCCCCCUGCCCUACCCAGCAAACCCUAAGUGGCGAGAAGCCGGAUCACCCAGCAACUGCAACACGGAAGAGGGCUCGGGCGGCGUCGUGCGAGGACAACAGCGCAGUGGUGUGAGGACGCAGCCGGCCUGGGCCAGGACGAACCCCUCCCGCUUCGCCUCCCCCUCCUCGGGGGCCUCCUCGGGCGGCUCUGAUGUGGACGGCGACCACACUUCCCAGAGGCCCCCUGCUGGCAAAGCGGCGGGUGGCACAGCGUCGCAGCCUCCACCCCUUUCGGCCGACGCUGCAGGCGCCCAUCGCGCAGGCUCGGGGGCCCUCUCAUGUCACAAGCCUUCUGGGCAUGGGAACUACCGAGGUCGACCCUGCCGCGGCUGCUACAGCCGCCCUGCCCCCCACCUUCACCGACUGUCGCCCACGGGCCAGGGCCAGGGGGCAUAAGUCGAGGCGACGUGCGAGCUCCUCCAGUCUGUCCUCCUUCCUUCCUUCCUAGUUCGGUAGCGUAGUUGCUCUACCACCCUGAGGUUUCCCUCGCGGCCAGCGGG